UUGCCGUCGCCGAACGCGCGAUGUCACUCACCGCGAGCGCGCGCGGCGGUGAGCGACAGACGCUCAUCGCGCGACCGACACAGCGCGUGAGCGACGAUGCGGCGACGGAAUACUUUGAAGCGGAUUCGCGCGAGCUUUGGGCGCGAAGGAGAUUCUUCGCCUUGAGCGUGUUCACGCUCCUCGGCGCGUGUCUCGCCUGCGUCGGGCUCACGGUGGACAUGCUGACGCACACGCAGAAGAUGCACGUGCAUCCAGGGGCUCGGUUAGGGGCGAAACCUGCGCAUCUGCCGGUGUGGACGCCAAACCUGCCGCUGGAGCAAGUCAACACCCCAGCGCUGGCGUUCGCGGAGAUGGAUCAAGUGCGACUCGAGGGCGCGGCCCUGGAAGCGGCGAAGGCAGACUCGUACGAGAACUCGUUUCCUUCGUUUUCUUCCGAUCGCUAUUUCACGGUCGGUGGCAACCGCACGCGUCGGAAGCUCGAGACGCCCGUGUACGUCAUCGCCUUGGCGGACUCCAAACCCGAUUUGGCAAAGGCGGAUUCGUUAAAGGCGGCGAUCGUGCGAUCGUUUAGCGAGAGUCCGAACUACAUCAAUCGGACGCACGAAGCUGCCGCACAGGCGAAGAAGUUGGUGCAAACUCAAGACGGAGUCAACGCCCUCGCGUGGCCGCACACCAUUGAGCUCGCGACGGAGGCGCUGGAAGGCCUCGAAGAGCUCCGCCCGACGAACCACAUGUCUUGGUUCGCCAACUUAGCGGCAGCGAAACUGCACGAUGGUCUAUUACCGAGAGCGGUACGCGGCAUCUCGCAUCACGUCGGGUGCUUAUUUUCCCACAUGCGCAUGUGGCGGUUGCAUCAAAAAUUGAAAAACAAGUGGACGGUGAUUUUCGAAAGCGACGGCUUGUGGUCAGGCCUCCACAUUCCUCCAAAAGGAUUACAGAGCGUGAUCGAUAACGCUCCGGCGAAUGCGGACGUGAUCUUUCUCAAAACCAGAGACGAACCGACCGGGCAGUUCGUGAAGCAGUGGCCGGUGGAGGAUGAAAUGAUCUACAUGUACUCUAUGAAUCGAGUCCAGGCUGCGUGCGGGUUAGCGGGUUACAUCGUCGGUCCAAAGUUUACGGAGAAGCUGUAUAAACAGAUCAUUUAUAGUGGCGGCGCAGAUAUGGUCGACGCAUGGUUGAUCAAUCACAUCUGUAGCGUGCGCGACCCGAGGGUGAGUGGUGAGGGCGGACGAAAGAAUAAGCUCAACUGUUAUCACGCGCAGGGCGGUCCACCGAAGGCGCCGCACAUCGUCGGCGGCUACCUUCCCGAGUGGUACGGCAAAGACAAGACGGCGCGCACCACCGACGAUUGGGCCGAGUGGCUCAAGGCUGAGAAGAACGAUGCGGAGUACAAUAAGGGCCGCAUGGCGCGCGUCGAGGCGUGGCGCAAUGGCGCCGAGUUGCACAAAUUCGGCGCUCGCAACGACGAAAUGCUUCGACAAGCGUUACGGCUUCAAGCCAAGCGCGCGAAAGCCCGAGCAGCAGCGGGCGAGGCUGCGACAGAUGCGGCAAGCCCGUCGACACACUAGAAUUCACGUAGU